GCAAGUAAAAGGAAAAAAAAAGCCUCCUUUUUGAGUUCUGAAUUCUAAUGUUCUCCGAGUCUACCGGGAAAAAUAGAAAGGAGUAGGAGUAAUUUUAUUUAUUCUCCCAGAAAUUCAAUCGAUUUUGUUGUUCUGGAAUUUUAGUCUAUGGAAGGAUGAAGCAGGAUCACUUUUUCGUUUUACUCCUCAUUCUCUUCUUCAAUCUUCUUCUCCAAUCUCUCUCUGAAAAAUCCAAUGGGGUCUGUGUCUCUCCUGGUGGUCGUUUCCGUCCAUUCUCAGCAGAAGGUAAACCUCCUAGAAGCAUUAGAGAUUUGACCCUGUGCAGAAUGUUUCGAAGAAAGACCUGCUGUGAUGUGUCACAUACACAUUCUGCUUUUUUAUCUGUACGAAAGUUGGCAUCAACAGGAGAAGCAAAUCAAGAGUGCUUACAUUUAUGGGAGGUUCUUGAAUGCUCUAUUUGUGAUCCAGAUGUUGGUGUCAAGCCAAGUCCUCCUUUGAUAUGCACCUCUUUUUGUGAAAGAUUGUUCCAAGCUUGUUCAGAUGCAUAUUUCUCAAUGGAUGCUAUAACGCAGGUUCUCGCACCCUGUGGAGUUGGGGAUUUUGUUUGUGGUAGAGCCUCUGAGUGGUUCUCUAAUGGUACAGAGCUAUGCCGUGCCACAGGCUUUGCUGUUAAACCAUUAAGAGAUUCAGGCCUUAGUGUUGAGGACACGUCUUGCUAUGGUGGUAAAGCAAGUAUAGAUUCCAUCACGGAGUCAUGGAAAGUGUCACAAACCAGUUUCCAGGAAGAAGGAAAAUAUGGAUUGAUUGAAGAUUUCCAGCAGUGGGUGACAGAAAUGGCAUUUGCUGAACGUGUGUCUUGGGCAGUGGGAGGGUUGGUACUCACUGCUGGCCUCUUUUUUAUGAGUAAGCGGAAAAGCUACAGCCAACGACAGAAGCAGGCAGCCAUUAUUCGCGCAGCUAGGAUUAGGCAAUUGGAUUUCAAAGCAGGCCAAAGACAAUCUAUAACUCAGGGUAGUAGGAAGGUUGUUGUAAAGUAAAUUUUGACACUCUUGAUUUUAAGCUUUAUUGUUUCCCCUUUGUAUGAUACACUUGAUUUUAAGCUUUAUUGGUUUGCAGUCAUAUUGUUGUGAUACUGGGGUUUGUUGGACUUUCCUUUGGUUGCUUGUGACUUGUGAGGUUCAAUACAUAUACUUUUAUCACAAGACAUAGUUCUUGAAAUGGGUCUUUAGAAGAGCUAAAUAACUAGCAAAUUUGUAAACAAAUAGGCACUUACUAAAUUCACUAUGCUGGGAAAAGGCCAGCUUAAGCUAGAGAAUUGAAAGGAAAAUCAUGAACAAAUAAUGGUUAUAAGGGUGUUCGGCAAAACGGACAACUUUACCUUAUUUUGACACAAUUGGAAGGUUAGGUGGUCAAACUAUUUAGGAGCGUGUUUAAAAUCAUUUGGUUAUAUCGAUCACUUCAAUCAACUAUCGGGUAUCAACAAUCAGCCAUCUGCUAAACACCUUUA